ACCUUUAAUUUCAUUCAAAAAAUUCUUUAUUUCUCUGUAUUUUUCUUGUAUUAUAUAUAUAUUUACUGUUAGAUUCUUCUCGUUUAGUUCUAUCAUGUUAAAAAAAAUAUGGAAGAAGUAGAGAUACCCCAAUAUUUCUUGUGUCCUAUAUCACUUCAAAUCAUGAAAGAUCCCGUCACAACGAUUACUGGUAUUACUUACGAUAGGGAAAAUAUUGAACAAUGGUUGUUGAUGGCAGAGGAAAAUACAUGCACAUGUCCGGUGACAAAACAACUUUUGCCUAGAGACACCGCGUUGUUGACACCAAACCAUAUGCUAGGGCGAUUUAUUCGAUCCUGGACUAUAUGCAAUGCUGAGAAAGGGAUCGAGCAAAUUCCAUCACCUAAAUAUCCUCUCAAUAAAUCACACGUCUUCAGGCUAAUUCGUCAGGUGAAUAAUCCCGAGCUUUAUUUAGAAGCGUUGAGAAAAAUGGUAACUAUGAUAAGUGAGAAUGAGGAAAAUAGGAAGUGUUUGGAUGAAGGUGGUGCAAUUAAGGCUAUGGUUUUUUUCCUAUUGAGGAGUUUUAAGGAAGGGAGAUUUAUUAUGGGAAUUGAAGAAGCAUUGAGGAUUUUUCAUCUUGUUUGGAGUCCAACAGACGAAAACAAGCAACUUGUUAAGGAAAAUCAUGAUCUAAUUGAGGCUAUUUUGUGGAUUUUGAAGAGUCGCAAAAUGUGCAACAACAAAAAUCAAGUUGUAACAAUCAAGACUCAUGCAAUGUUGGUCCUGAAAAGUGUGGUCUCAGUGUCAAGUACGAAUCUAUUAACGAGUCUAACACGCGAUUUUUUCCAGCAAAUGUUGGAUACUCUGAGGAAAAACAGCAACAACUAUGUGUCUCAACAAGCAACAAAAGCAGCGUUACAUGUGCUGAUAGAUGCCUGUCCAGGGGGACGAAACAGGCUAAAAAUGAUCGAACUAGGGGCUAUUUUCGAGCUAAUUGAGCUCGAAUUAAGCAACAAUGAGAAAAGGGUAACUGAAUUAGUUUUUUCUCUUUUGUCACAUUUGUGUAGUUUGGCUGAUGGCAGAGCAGAAUUAGUAAAACAUGCAGCUGGAAUUGCUAUGGUUUCGAAAAGAAUACUUAGAAUAUCUCCAGCCACCGAUGUAAGUGCAAUUCAAAUUCUUGGAUUAAUUGCAAAAUAUUCUGCUACAAAAGAAGUGUUGAUGGAAAUGUUAAGAGUUGGGGGUGUGGCAAAGUUUUGUAUGGUGAUUCAAGCAGAUUGUGAAGCAUAUUUAAAGAAAAAGACUAUGGAAAUAUUAAGGGCACAUAAUAAUGUUUGGUAUAACUCUCAGUGUGUACAAAUUUAUAUUUUGACAAGAUGUCCAGGACAAUAGAGAGCUUUACAAUUUCUUCAACACAAUUUAUAUUUAAUUUCUUUUUAAUGAUAUAGUACUGUGUAUGUUUUUUAUUCUGCAUAACGAUAUGCAAAAUAUACAUUGAAACCUCAUAUAAAAGUUUUAUUAUUUAUGAAGAAAUUAUAUGGUUUACUUGCCUUAGUUAACUGCAACAACUUAAUGUAGAAGAUGAUAUAGACAAGCAUUUAAAUAAAACUCUUAAAGAUUUAUCUA